AUUUUUUUUGUUUUUUCCUCGAUUGUUUUAUCUGUUUCCAAAUAUAUAAACGUUAAAUAGUAUGCGUAUGAGCAAACUUACCGGUCGUUCGGAACCGAGUACAGAGUGAAUGGUCCACGGUUGUAGUUGCAUUAUUAGAGCCUUCACAAACGCACGCGACGGUAUCGAAUGCGGACUUAAGUGUUGAAUUGAGUGUUUCUUGAUUUGAUAACAUGACGAAUCCAUCAACAAUUCUUGUAUUGGCUGUAUUAGCGUCACAUGUGUACUCGGCUCCACAGUUUAUAUCGUUUCAAGAUGGAAAGUUAGGUGUCAACUUUGGCGGUUACCAUGCUGGUAUCGGUAUUGGGGGACUUUUCGCCAAUGGCACGCGUGGAGGUCUCUAUGCAGAGGCUGGUACACCAACAGGACAGUUUGCUUCAGCUGGACUUGGCGGUACUGUCAAUCAAAAUGGAAUAGCUUCAGGUGGACUUUUUGCCGGAGCUACGGCAGGUGGUAAUUACCAUGCAUCAGCUGGCCUUUCUGGAACCAGCGCCGGUAACAAAAUUGGAAGUGGCUUUGCCCAAGCACAAGCUGGAAAUCUCGUAUCAUCCAGCACCCUGGAAGGUCAAACCGGAGAUAAAGGAUCGGCAGGAUACAGUGGUGUAAAUAAAGUAGAAGUUGUACCUCUGAAAAGUGGUAUUAACACAGAGGUUAAUGUCGAAUCUGUAAACGAAGUACAACCAGAAGAAACAUCUAAAAUUGAAAUUACUAAGACAAUAGUUAGAGAUGAUGUUCCAUCUCCUCAAAUAGUCAAAGAAGUGAGUAAAACAUGGACCCCGCACUACCGAAUAAAUGCUGAAAAUCGAUUUAAUUCAUUCCAGGAUUAUUUUACAAAUAUUUUUAGUUUCCCAAUAGGAUUACCUCCAGCCCAUGAUUUCUCGAAGGUGUACAUAGAUUCGCAACCUCACGGUUUUGAAAAACAUAUCGUGCAUGCACAUUACAAGCCAAGAAGAGCUCAUUUUCGUAAAACUGCUUUCCUCGGGGGAUAUAUUGGUGGUCAAGGGGAUAUUGUAGGACCUGUUCCUGGUGCAGUUAAUACUGAACAAGAAGCAGAAAGAAGGGUAGAUGUUGGUGUUGAAGCUAACGCCGGAGCUAAUGUAGAUGCAAAUCUCAAUGGAGGAGUAAGAAAAGUAUUCACUAAAGAGGUCACCGUGCAAAAAAAUCCCACUUUCUUCCGUGACAUUUUUGAUAUUCCAAUUUCUACUUUGAAAGCAGUCGGGAAUUUCCUCGGAAAUACAGCGUCACGCACAAAUAUAUCAGUUCAAAAAUCUGUACACACAGAAUCUGAGCCGAAACAUGAUUCAUCGUUAUCUUCAUCUUCAUCAGCUCAUAUUACGGUAGACACACCGGCCGCAUCAUCAUUUAUCGAUGACAUUUUCUCCAUUCCUAUUAGUGCCCUCGGAGCUGUGAAUAAAUUCUUGGAAAACAACGUGGCCAGGAAAAAUGUACAGGUAGUGCAUGAAGAGGGCGUGCAAUCCAGGGUAAGGCGAGUUCCGCACGGCCGCAGAAGGUAUAACCAGAAGGUUGUUGUUGAAGACAGCCCGCAAUAAGUGAUCUCGAUGGAUUCCUAAUUUAGCAUUUAAUUAGAAAUAUUAUCACUUGUAAAUACAUGAAAGCAAUUUUAGCAAUAAAUACAAAACAUAA